GCUAGACUGAUCCUGAUCUUAUCUUUAUCACCAUCCUCUUGGUUUGGAAAUGGACAAGCAAAAUGGACGGCACGAUAUUUUGUAUAAUAUGAUCUAAUGUUGUUUUGUAGUCUAUACGAUACUAUACUUUUAUUUGGUAAAAAUAUUGAUUUGUAAAUUUCUUUUCAGUAUACAUACAUAUUUAUGCAUUUUUUGUUUGAGAAGCAUUCCCAUUUCUUUAAAUAGAUUUGCUUGUGAAUUUUGCUCUCAACCAAAGGAUCCUUUUAUUUAUGUUUUAAGUAGUAUGUAUUUAAAAACUUUCCGUUUACCACAUAUAUGUAUCUGUACAUAUAUGUUUCUAAUGUAAAAUAUAAUAAAUUGAAAUUAAUUAGUUUAAAAAACAUACCCGAAAAUCAUAAACUACUUUUAAAGGCAUGCGUGCGUAUUCGUACUAUAUUUAUAUCAACCGCUAUUACGUAAUCAAAUAUAUAUUCCUAUGUAGAAUAUUAUAGUGUACUCGUAUGCUUUCCGACGUAUUUGAAAGGGCAGAUUGCAGAUCGCAUAAGUUUAGGCCCUGGUCUAAGAUAAAGACAGUAUUUCCAUUUCUGUGUUUAAGAUGUGGAUUUCUGUAAAGAAAUAUCAAUGCAAUUAUGUCAAAUACACUCACUGUAUUCAACAAAUACAAGGAGAAACUACUCUGUGUUACGUUCUCUGUUUUUAUUGUUUAUAUGCUGCACAUUGUCACUAACUCUUUAUAUUACGAUCGCAUUGCACACAUGUAUAUGUAUGUUUGUAUGUAUGCGCAUUUAAUAACUAAAACAUAAAAUUUUUACAAAGCCAACAAGUGUAGGCACAAAUUUUCAUAAACAACCUGAGCAUUAAUUUAUUCUAGACAACGUCUCUAUUUACGAGUACAAUUUAAAAUUGAGAACAUUUGUGCUACAUUCACAUACAUAUACAUUGUUUUAUAAAGCGAGUAGUUUUCUGUAAUCUCCAGCCCUAAACCUACACAGAUCACAUACCGCAAAUACUCAUAUAUGUACAUCCGGACGCACUCAUUCAAAAAUCUUUCACCAACUGAUUUGGAUACAAUUUAAUAAAAGCAAGUGCCAAAAUUCAAAAGAAGUCCAUCAUCAUCUUGCCUAAGCGCGUAUGCAUAUCAUCAACACCUUGUCAACACCACCACCACCACCAUAUUCGCCAAAUAUAUAUAUAAAGCUGUCGUGUCGAGUAGAUUCAUGGGCAGCGGCUCACAUCUUCGUCGUAACUUGCGUGUGAAAACCAGUCCCCCGAGUAGUCCUGUUUGCACUCCAGUUAUAAAGUACGAACCGGCGCCAUCUGCCGAUGACAACGAGAGCGACUUGGCUGGCGUGGCUAGUCUUGGAAUGGGGUCACAGACAGGUACGAUUUCAGUUGGUAUUGCCAGCGACAACAGCGCUAUUUUAGCAAGCGAAGGUGCAGAUGAUGACCAACCGUGUGAUCUUCGCUUGAGUUCUUUUCGGAUGAAUCUUGUCUCAAUGGCGCUGCAACAGGCGGCAGCAGCUGUAAUUAGUGGAGGUUCUGUUACGAGCCCUGCGGGAAUGCAACAGGCUGCGCUACAGUCGAUAGCUGCCACGCCUUCAACUCACCUUUCGUCCUUGAUUAACUUUCCUCAUUCGCACACACCCACACAUCCACAGUUACCAACGCAAACAUCAGCGCAACCGCGCUCAAUUACUCCAACUCGUCGUUACAGCACCAGCACAACUACAGGCGCCACUGCAGUUGGGGUUGGAACCGUAGUAGUGCCUUCAAAUAGAGUCGCAUCACCACUUAGUGGAAAUAUGAACACGGGGUCACUUGCGACUACAUCUAGUUCUUCUGCUACCUCAGGACCAUCUACCUCGGCGGCAGCGGCAGCAGCUGCAGCGGCGGCGAACUCUGCACUUAUGCCAGGUGGCAGUGGUAGCGACGAAAUUUUAGCAAGCAGUGGGGUUGGGGUGAUUAGCAAUAGUGGAAGUGCCAUUGGCAGUAGUCAUAUUGCUUCCGUUACAACUGGAUCAGGUGGUACUUUUGGCGGCGCUUAUACGUGUGAACGCUGUGGCAAUUCUUAUGCUCGCCCGCAUAGCUUAAAUCGGCAUAUGCGUUUCGAAUGUGGUGUUGAGCCGAAAUUUGAGUGCCCGAUUUGCCACAAGAAGUCCAAACACAAACACAAUCUCGUAUUGCAUAUGCGCACACACCAACAUCGAUGAUACAAUCAACCCCGAUAUUCGCAAUGACCACCGAUACUCCGCCAACAACUACAUACUUGGAAAGAUAUGAAAAAAGAGCAUCCAAAUUUUAAACAUCUGUAUUGCAGGCCAUAUAGAUACAGAUGUCAUCACCUCGUGAGGCACCAUUGUUGUCGUAAGCUUCGCCAUAUUCAGACCAACGCUUUCCUAUGCUGAUCGCAGUUUCUUCGCGGAUUGCGCAGAGCACAUUCCAAAGCAUUCGAAUCUAUUAUUUACGAAGGCGCAGAACAGUGGUAAACAGUAAUCAAUAGUUGAGUGAAAUAGGAUGAGUUAAGAUGAAGAAGGCACCAAUGUGCGUAAUGCGUGAAACAAUGAAACAUACUUAUAUAUGCAGGUAUGUAGGGGGCAUAUGAGUGGGAGUUCUCCAAGCAGCACAUUAACUAAUUAGCACGAAUGUGAUUUAAUUCUUUGAAACAGAAAGAAGUCUUGUAAUUUUCCAAAUGAUCUUGAGAACUUAGUCGUUUUUUUUACAUUCAUUUAUUUUUACAAUUUUACUAUAGCUUAAAGUAAUUUUAUACGAACAUAUAUACAUACUUAUGUAAAUAUGGUAUUCUCUACAGCGACAUGUACAGUAUGUCUGUACUUUCUGAGAAUAUUGAUCAAUUAAUAUUGUAGUUUUUUAAAAAGUCAGCAUAGAUUCUUGUUGCGUUUAUUUUAGCAGUUAGGGUCAUCUUUGAUGCUAACCAACUGAAGAAGAAGAAGGAAGAGGAGGCACAUGAAGUGAUAUUUGAAGCACAAAGUGAUAUGGAAAGUGUAUGGAGUAUAUCGAUAGAGUUGCGAUGGUAUUAGGGGAUUUCAUUUAAAUUAGCUUGGACCCGAGCGGAAUUUAUAAGUUGAUUAUAUAUUAAAAAACAAGAAAAAAAUUAGAAAACAUACAAAAGUAAUAGUAAUAAUAAUGAUCUCAGUUAUAUAAAAUUACAAAAGAAAACUAAGACGCAUUUCAAAAAUACGACGAAAACGACAUUCACAUUGUUGCAUAAGUAUUUAUACAAAAUUUUGUACUAAUUUUUGAGAAAUGUUAUAAAACAAAAGAAAACACACAAAACGAGUAAAUACAUAAAUAUGAUUAUCAUCAAACUUUUCGGCCAAGCCAAUUAAAACAAAAUUUGGUCAUGCCGGCAAAACAGUGAAAAUAAGUUUUGAUGUAGUAAAUUAUGCAAAUUCAAUUCAGAUGCAGUUUGCCAGUUUCCUUUUUUCUUUUUUGGAUUUUUUUUUGCACUGUCAAGCUCGUAAUAAUAGAGUGAGGUUACCCAGAACACUGGGAUGCAUGUAUGUGAUCAUAGUUUGGUUUUGUUUUUAUAUACUGCAGUGCCACAUAUUCGUAUGAACGCAUUCUACUGGUGUUGUUGCGCUUUUUGUCCAUAAAAUUCGCGCGACAUGCACUCCCAGAGAUUCUCCACCGGAUUGAAAUUGGGACUGCAUGCAGGCCACUUCAUGAGCGGUAUGUGUGCUCUUCAAAACAUUAAACCAUUUCAACGAUUCUUUGCCAGCGUGAAUGGCAGCAUUAUCUUGUUGAAAAAGGCUGUAUUCAUCCAAAAAUGAGAUGAGAGCAUCGUCCGACAAUUCCGUGUAUAUUUUAGAAUUCAUUUUCUUCUUUUUUUGACACAAAGCAAAUAUUUGCUUUUCGUCCUAAUGAAAAUGCCGCCCUCACCAUGAAGCUGCCACCACCAAAGUUUUCCCACUGCAUGUGCUUUUGAGCGAAGCCUAAGCGCGCUUGUCUGUGAAGCGGUCGAAUUGAAAAAAAAACUUUUCGUGGCUUCCUUUUUAAUUUGGUUUAUUUGGCGGCUAGUCAGUUUUAUUGCCUUUCGUGGGCUUUCAACGCCAUAAUUUUUGCCUUUUUUUAAAGAGUGCCACACUGUCUCUGAUCUUCCGAUUAUUCGUCCAAACUCUCGAUUUAAAGACCCCUCUUAUGGUACAGUUUGAUUUGGACCCUUUCAGAUUCAUUCAGAUAUUUUCCCUUUGGUGUUUUGAGAAAAAUCUUAAAAAACAUAUUAAAAUAAUUUUAGACUUGAAUAGUUAAAAAAACUUACUAGUUAUUUUUUAUUCACUUCAAUGUUUUCGGCUUCCUUAUUCAGGGGAGCUUAAACGAAUAUGUUCUUAUUUUUAGUAUGAUAUUUAAAAAGCAACGAUUUAAGUAUUUGGAUUUUGCAAUCUAAAUUUCCGUUAGUUAGACAAACAAUUUGAGUCGCAUUGAGAAAAGAGAGAGAAGGUAGUAAAACUAAAAUUAAGAGUGUUUUUUUACGAAUAUGCGGUACUGUAUGCCGGUUUUUGACAAGUGCGAAAAUUCAAAUUCAUAAUUUAAAUGUUCAAUUUUACUUCUUAUAUUGCUGCAGUGAAAUACAUACGUAUGUACGUACAUGCGUACAAUUCCAAAUAAAAUUUCGUAUCAUAAAGUGAUUCUAAUUCAGAACAGUAGAUGCACAUACAUAUGUAUGUACAUAUGACACGAUAAUCUAUAAGUCGGAAUUUCCUUUCUUUAAAUUUUUUCUUUUUUUAUGGUUUUGUAGAGUAGGUUUCAAUAAAAAUAUGUAUGUAUGUAUAGAGAAAUAUAAUGUGCAAUAAAUACAAUAGUUAAUCGAGUUUAUUUAUAUAAUUAAUAUGGCACUUAUUAGUCAUAUGUAUGCAAAAGCUUGGAAUUAGUACGAAAAUGCACAGACAAUGAGAAGUUAAAAUAAUGAUCUGCGUUUGAAAAACGAUUAUAUUAACAAAUAAAAAUAAACCUUAUUAAAUUUAGUUAUACACUUAUUAAAAUACCUUUCUUAGAUAAAUAAUAUAACAAUGAUUAAUAAUGAAUUCGAAAACAUGAUAAAUCUUAUGUGAUACUUAUUAAUAUAAAAAACACUCAUAAUAAUUGAAGUGGUCCCGUCUGCCCAAUGUGAGUUAUUAUACCAUUAAGAUUGGAGAGGCAAGUAAGUAACUUUUAAAUGGUUAAACAAAAUGUAAUAAAUAUUGGAGUUCAACUGCUAACUGCUCCCACAGCAGUACAGCAGUAGCAGUACGAAAGACCUCAUUUCGACCAUUUUUAAUUGAAUUCGAAAAUUAAUGUCUCAAUUUGAAAAUGUAAAAAAUGAAUAAAACCAAAAACUAGUCAUUGGUGAUGAGCAAUGAGCAAUGAGUUAGUGUCGAUUGAAAAAGAACAAUUUGUGCUUAUGCUUUUUGUGUUAUAAAUUAUGUGUUUGUAUAGUUUUUUUAUUUGUAAGUCGAUAGGUAGAUGCAUAUAUACUAGGUGCAUUAGACACCUUUGCAUUAAAUAUUUUGUUUUUUUUUAUUUUAAUAAAUAACUUGGAACGCAAACAUGCAUACAUUACAAGUGAAAAAGCACUAUGCCAUGCGUUGUUGCAAAUGAAGUAAAUUGCAAAAAAUUAAAAACAAAGAUAAAUGAAUAACCAUACAUACAUACCCAAAGUGAUCUGAAAUGCUGUCAUCAUCGGGAUGCACUCGUAACCUCUUCAGUCCCAAGCAAUACCUGCAAGACUUUUACAUAACCGAACUACUUGUCGUUAAAUGCCUUAACAUUCGCUAUCAAACUUAGAUAUUCUACCUACAUACAUUCUGUCCAAGCAAGGGGUUAAACUAGCUUUUGGAAAGUUCCAAUAGUAAUGGCGUAUUCCACUGACAUUUAGAUGUAAAAAUGAUGCAUUACAUCUAUGCAGGACCCAUCUAAUUCCGAGUUACUCAUUUCGCUGUUACUUGCAAAUGUAACCAAACAGGCCAGGGGAUUUUAGUUAAUAGUCGUAUAUAGCUCAGAUUCUCUAAUUUGUGGUGUGCGUCUGGACUUUAUGCAAAACACCCAGAGAUCUACCUAGCCCGAAAAGCAAAGCUUUCAUAUGAGAUGUUACUGUCAUAAAAAGGCCAUCGUAUUUAUUGUUGCCCAUCACAUAGCGACCACUAUUAUAAACAAAGUUUUAUCAUUGUGAUAUUUGCCUUUCGAGAGGGUAAAAUGAAUAAAUUUCAAAUUCGUUUAAUAUGUAGAAGUUAAUGGGUGUUGUGGAAACAGUUCGGAAUGAAAGCAAAGUGUAGCAAUCGUCACGAUAUGAUUAUUAAUUUAUUGUAAAAUUUCACAAAUGAAAACAUUUUUUGGCCUAACGUCUUGCGAGAAUGAAAUAGUCCGAAUUACGGCACUGACUGAAUCGAGAGAGGUCACCUGAAAAUAAGUGGAACGAUUUUACGAAAUGUCUUUUAUCUUGUGGGAAUAAAAGUUCGACUAUCCAAAUUCUAGAAUUUAUGUAGAUACUAAAUACGAGUACUUUUGCAGAAGCAAAUGUAUAGUAGUUGAAAAGUCGAAGUAAAACUACAUACAUACAUAUGAUUCAUGUGCGAAUGUAUAUGUGUUGCAUAGAUAAAUACAUUUGGUGAAUUAUGUAAUCGGAAGAUAUGCGAUUGAAUUUGAAUGUGAUAUACAAAUGAUAGUCUAUGAAUUAAAUAUAUAUUUAUUGUAAAAUUAAUACGAAUAUAUGUAUGUAUAUGUAUAGUCUUUCAAUGUUAAACAUAUAUUUUUUAAAAUUUACUGAUGAUGAUUUUAUCACAAUCAAAUAAGUGUCCACUUGAUUGAUAAUUCGGUAUUUUUACAUUUGACUGAUGUACCUCUUGUCCCUCGUCCUUUAAUUCCAUUAGAAUGGAAUUUAGUAUGUGUGUAUGUAUGUAUGCGAGUACAUAGUUACGUUUAUUUUUAUGUUUAAAAGUAUAUACAAGUACGUAUAUGCUUUACGACAUACGUAUAUACAAACAGACAUACGUAAGCGGGUACUCGUAUAAUUGAUUGUGAUACCAAACGUAUGCAUAAACAAACUUUCCAGCUUUCAUUUGCCGAUGGGACCAAUAAAAUUGUUUAUUCGAAAUUACCUGAAGAGGAAAAAAGUUCAAGAGUGGAAAUUGUAUAAAAUAAGAAAUGUUUUUAUUUUGUCUUUUUACUAAAUUUACUUAACACAUAAAGAAAGAUAUCUGAAAAAGAAUUUGGUCAGUAUUUGAAUUAAGAUGUUUUUUUUUUUAGUUUAUUUUAUCUAACAAUUAAAAAUUUUUAUGAGAACUAUUGAUAAAGGCGAUUCAAUGUGGCACCUUUUAAAUUUGCUUAAUGCGUUUUAUUGAUCAAUCAUAAAUUUUUAUUAUAAUAGUUUUGAAAAUAACUAGUCAAAUAUAUGAAUGCAUUGGUAGUAACAACUCAUCUCAUACUGUACAUCCCACUUACCCCUAACUAUUCCAUAUCAUAUAAUCAAAUCAUUCUUGAUAAUUAGAAAAAAGUAGUUUUAUUAUUUUUAUCAAUUUUCACAUUAAUUUAAAUCAAAAUACUUUUACUUAUAAGUUCUAAUUCAAUCAUUGCUCUUUAAGGUUGUGGUUUCUUUUUUUUAUUUAAGAGUUUUACUGUCUAAUUAUAUUCAAAUUAUAUUAUAUAAGCAUUUGUCCGUUGCCGCAUUUUUGUGUAUUUUGACGUUUUGUUAAAUACUGGAUUUGUUGUUAAUAAUUUGUAUUGCAUUUCGUGCAAUUCUUAAAUCAGUUGAAUAUUAUUCGAUCAUCACAUAGCUUUGGAAGAGAUGAGUUGCAGAGUAGUUCCAUAAGCCUGCGGUCAAAAAAUAAAAAUUAAGUAAUGCUAAGUUCAAUAUGUGCAAUAUCGCGAAUAUCUGUGUGAUAAAAAUAAACUACUGUAUGUGUGUUAAAGUGUGAUUUGUAUUUUUUCGAAAACGUCAAAAAUGUCAUUUCAUAACCUCUGUUGAUUUGUAAUAUACAUACAAACAUAGGUAAAGAUUUUCAACUUAAAACUGAACUUUCGAAAAGUCUUUUAUUUAUAUAUAUAAUGCAUAUAAAUAUAGCAACGUUGUUAAAGUUUUUCAAAGCAAAAAACCAAUGGCACAAAUUUAAAGUUUAACAAACCACUAAAAUAUUAGGAUAUUAAAAAAAAAACGCUUUUGUAUUAAACACAAGCCAGCUAAAGUGAUUUAAUAAGAGUAGUUUUACUUACCAAACAUUCGCCUACACCUAACACAUACAUGCUCAUACACAUAUACACAUGUAUGUUUGUAUAUUGAAUAUUGUUUAAGCAAAAAUAAAAAUAGAAAUGUAAUUGGAUUGGAUGACAAAGUUUUCUAUAAAUGUCACUAUUAAACUUUAAGGAAACACUCGUAAAAAGCAAAGAUAUCCGAAGAGUCAGGCAAAAAGAUCAGUAUGUGGUAGGAGAAAGCAUUAUAUUUUAUAAAUAACACAUUAAUUGUACGUUGUUAUGAAUUCUGCAGUACAUAUGCACAUAUACAUACAUAUGUUUGCAUAGGGCGUUAAAAUUUUUGUUUUGUAAUAACAUAUUUAACCAAAUGAGCUGUGAAUUAAACAUAGUGAAAUAAGGAAACGAAUUAAAAUAUUAGCUAUAAAAAGUCGUAUGUGAUUACACAUUUGUGAUGGUAUUGGAACUAGAAAUUUUCGCGCGAAUUGAAGUAAUCAAGAUACGUCUGUAAAUCUGUUUUGGAAAUAUGAAUUUAACAUACACACACACACAUCACGAUUGCUCAUGAGCAUCUACUAGAUUUGCGUAAAAUGAGAAAAAAGCUUACAUACCUACAUGCAUACAUACAUAGAUACGUAUGUAUGUAUGCACAUGCCACUCGUAAAAAUUGGCAAUGGAGUUAAACAGUGUAUUUUUAUAAAUAAAUUUAAGGGAUCUCGCAAAUGCAUAAAAAUGUGUGUGUUUACUUCUUUAUCGAUAAAUACAAGCCUUUAAAGCGCCUCACGGUUACACUAACAAUUAUGAAAAAAUGAAAACCUUCGCGAUAUACUUCUAAAUUCACAUACAUGCACACAUAGGCAGAUACGUGCACACACUUGUCUAUUUUUUUGGAUGCAUUUGUGUGUUCACACAAGCAACAUUUAUUAAGUUAAGUUUUUAGACAGCGUAUGAGUGGCGCAUGAACGGAAUAAAAAAGUAAAUGUCCAUUUGCAAAGUUGUAAUGUCCCACCCUUAAUAAAAAAUGCCUUUCGAAAACUGUGAAAUUGCUAAUAUGCAAAACUUUAUAUUAACAAGAAAAAAAAGAAAAAAAAAACAAACACGCAUUCAUACAUAUAUUCCACAUAAACGAA